UCAGCUGUUUGCAUUUAUGUAUUUCGCGCUUCGUUUUGCGGCUUCCUCUGUUUUGAUUUAUAACAAAUUAAAGAAUGAUAACAAAAUGUUUGACGAUUGAAUGGCGGUCGAAUUAGAAAACAUUACCAACUGUUUUUUGCCCCAAUUGGUUGAGAAAGUCUUUGAGCACUACCACGAUAUAUCCAACAUUUGCAGCCUCACGAAAGAGGACCGAGAGCAGUUGUUUUGCGACCUAUCCGGCUUGCUGGGCAAGGAGCUGGUGGAGCGUUCCUUGCGUUUGCUGGACGAAUAUAGCUUCACUUACUACUAUUCCAAAAACAAUCGCAAACAGUGCCUUGUGGAACUUCACAAAGGAACGACUUAUUUUCGUGUGAUACCUGGCAAUAACUACUGCAAGUGCGACUUCUUCCAAAGCUGUGUGCUGCAGCUGCCCAGUGGAAUUCUAUACCAUGACCUUCCAAGUGGAAUAACCACCACACCGGUCGGUUGGAGCGAGGCCAGCAAAUUCUCAUACACAUGCCCGCACGUUUUGGCCCUUAAACUGCAUCAAUUGCUGCUUAAUCCUGCGGGACGUAAGUCAUUUGAACAGACAGUAGCUGCAGCGGAGUUUAGGCUCUUGCGCAGCUCCAUCUACCAAGACUAGAAUGGACUCGCAGUCGUACAGCGA